AUGGCUCUACUGAUAGCGGAGGUCCAGGAGGACGAGGACCCCAUCACGAAUACGGAUUCUCGGAUCCAGACCAUGAAGGACGGCCGUAUUGCAAUCCGUACUCUAGGGAUGCACACGCUGGAGACGCAGCGCAGGUCUUUCCGGCAGCAGCCCUCCCGGCCAUUCUAUCAGCAGCGAUAUCGGCCAUACAAUAGCCGGCGACGGGCCCAAAAUCGCCGUCGUCCUUCAGGCAACCGCCGACACGUUGAGCUCCAGCUGGUUGGAGGGGACAGUGCCUGCUCAGGACGUGUGGAAGUAAGACAUGGGGACACCUGGGCUACAAUCUGUGAUGCACACUUUGAUCUCAAAGCUGCCAGUGUUAUCUGUAAUGGACUACAGUGUGGAACAGCUCUGUCUAUCCCAGGAGGAGCUCAUUUCAGAGAAGGACAUGGACCAAUCUGGACUGAGGAAUUCCAGUGUGCAGGGAAUGAGUCACACCACGUGUACUGUCCCAGGGUAUCACACGGGAAUCAGACAUGCUCACAUGCAAAUGUCAUAUGCUCACGGCUCACAGGGUUCCGGCUGGUGAACGGCAGCACAGCAUGCUCAGGGAGGGUGGAGAUCCAGGUUCUUGGUGCCUGGGGAACCCUCUGUGACUCACGCUGGGAUUUACCAGACGCCAACGUUCUCUGUCAUCAGCUUGACUGUGGAUUCGCUGAAUCAGCCCCAGGAGGAGGGUAUUUUGGGAAGGGAACUGUCUCUGUCUGGACAUACACAUUUCACUGUAAAGGGACUGAAACCCAUUUGGGGCAUUGCCCUGUUACUGCCCUGGGCGCCUCUCAGUGCUCACACGACAAUGACGCCAGUGUGGUUUGUUCAGGUCGCUCUGAAUCACUCAGACUGCUGAAUGGAGAGAGCCGGUGCGAUGGGAGAGUUGAGAUUUCCCUCCGUGGUGCGUGGGGCAGAGUUCUGGAUGACCAGUGGGACAUGAACGAUGCCAGCGUGGUGUGCAGGCAGCUCCAGUGUGGAGUCGCUGAGAAAGCUUAUAACCCCCCUAAGUCUGAGCAAGGAACAGGCCCCGUGGGGCUGAGAAGGGUCCAGUGUGCAGGAAAUGAGACUCGUCUGACUCUCUGUGACAACUCCACGUCUGAGACAGCCCAGGCAGGAAUUGCUGUGGAUGUCGGUGUCGUUUGCUCAGGUGAGCUGGGAUCUAUCCCUGCAGGGAGCAGGCGGAUCAGACUGGUGAGUGGGGCAGGUCGCUGUGCCGGGAGAGUGGAGAUUUAUUACAAUGGAAGCUGGGGGACAGUCUGUGAUGAUUCCUGGGAUCUGCCAGACUCCAAUGUCGUCUGCAAACAACUGGGAUGUGGACACGCCAUCAAAGCAACUGUCUCUGCUCAUUAUGGGGAAGGAUCUGGGCAGAUCUGGCUGGAUGAUGUGAACUGCUCUGGGAAUGAAUCCGAUCUCUGGUCGUGUCCUUCCAGGGGCUGGGGCCAGCACAACUGCAGACACAAAGAGGAUGCAGGAGUUCUCUGCUCAGAAUUCACAGAUCUGAGGCUGGUGAGCGACAGUGACUGUGCUGGGCGGCUGGAGGUUUUCUACAAUGGGACUUGGGGCAGUGUUUGCUACAAUCAGAUGUCUGGAGUCACCGCAGCAAUUGUCUGCAAACAGCUGAACUGUGGGAAUGGAGGGCAGAUUGCAAGCGACUAUGAAUAUGGAGCAGGUUCUGGUCUCACGUGGCUGGACCAGGUUAUAUGCAGUGAGCAGCACAGCUCCCUCUGGCAGUGCCCAUCAGAGCCCUGGAAUCCAAAGUCAUGUGAAAACCGAGCAGAAGAGACCCAUAUUUCUUGCGCUGGAAAAAAAGCAAAACCAACUCAGAUCCUGUUUGACGAAUGCCCGAACUCUCCAAGCUGCACAGACCAGGAGAAGUUACGUGUCGUGGGAGGAAAGGACAGAUGCUCGGGGAGAGUGGAGGUUUGGUACCGUGGCUCCUGGGGAACAGUUUGUGAUGACUCCUGGGACAUGGCGGAUGCUAACGUUGUGUGUAAACUACUGGGCUGUGGAUCUGCUGUAUCUGCCCUGGACAAGGCUGCAUUCGGCGAGGGGACUGGUCCCAUCUGGGUGGAGAAAUUGAAUUGCCGAGGGACAGAGUCAUCUCUCUGGGACUGUCCUGCUAAGCCCUGGGGUGAGAGCAACUGUGGUCAUAAGGAAGAUGCUGCUGUGAAUUGCUCAGCUCCCCCGCGUCGCCCUCCGACUGACAGUGGGAGAGUCACGGUGCCCGUGGUCAUCUGCAUUAUCCUGGGGGCCCUGCUCUGCCUGGUCUUAAUCAUCCUGGGGGCGCAGGUGCGAAGUGCCAGGGCACAGCGCAGAGGCUCCAGAAGACCCUUGGAUCCCUUCUCUGAUGCCGUGUAUGAGGAGAUUGAUUAUAACCUGAUGAGAGAGAAGCAGGAGAUGUUCAGUCGCUCAGUCUCCUAUUCAGAUCACUCAGUGGCAAAGCUGCAGUAUUACACCGGGGACAGCGAGGGGGAAAAUGAUCCUGGAUCAGAACAAGUGUAG